AUGGAAGUUGACGCUAUUAUCGAGAUGUUUAGUAGAUCAGUUGAAAAACACCAAGUAAAAUAUGUCAAAUAUAUUGGGGAUGGUGAUACUAACAAUAAGACUUUCCAGGGUAUACUUGACAUAGAUCCUUAUGAUGGUAACCCAAUUGAUGAAAAAAAAGAAUGUGUGGGACAUAUACAAAAAAGAAUGGGUGCAAGAUUACGGAAAGCAAAAAAUGAAAAUAAAGGAAAAGGGAUUGGCGGAAAAGGUCCAGGAAAAUUAACCGAUAAAGUAAUAAAUAAAUUAUCUUUAUAUUAUGGAUUAGCGAUUCGCCGGCAUCCGGAUUCUAUAGAGGACAUGAAAAAUGCAAUUUGGGCAACCUUCUAUCAUAAUAGUUCUACAAAUGAAAAUCCACAACAUUUAUAUUGCCCACCUGGUCCAGAAAGCUGGUGUAAAUGGCAGAAUGCUGCACAUGAAGGUACAUCUGAAGAGUUUGACCACGAAAACCCGCCUCUGUCGGAUGAUGUAUUAGAAAUUAUAAAGCCGAUCUACGAGAGUUUAUCGUCAGAGGAUUUACUGGUUCGGUGCUUAGGUUCUGAGACCCAGGAUAACAAUGAGUCCUUGAACUCAUUAAUUUGGACUUUUGCGCCAAAACAUAUACAUGCCGGCUUACGUGUAAUAGAAAUUGCAACUUUUAUCGCAGUUUCCAUAUUUAAUGAAGGCUUCAUUCCUAUUUUGAAAAUGAUGUCUCUUAUGGGGAUGGACAUUGGUUCUGAAGCUCAUGCGUUCGCCACCAAACGAGAUAAUGCCCCGAUUAAUCGUUCUGAAAUCCGAACUUCUAACGCCUUAAAGGAAGCCCGCACUGCUCGUUUAGAAGAAAGGAAUGCAGAAAAUGAUUUGUUUGAAGUAGAGGAAGGCCCCAUGUAUGGAGCAGGAAUCGCGGAUUGAAAAAACAUUUUGAAAAAGCUUGCAAUCAUGACAAGAUUGGCGCGCCAUUUUUUUGUACCUCCCACUUCAACAACUCAUACCACUUUCAAUUUUGUAUUUUUUGACUAUUUUUUUUUUUCUUGUAAUCUUCAAAUAAUAAUAAACGUUUGGUAAAAAAAUGGAUGAUGAAAAUAUUUUUUGAUUUUUAUUUGUAGCACCUGAAAACACAUCUCAAAUUCAUGCCUCUACACUAGAAUACCCCCUGAACAUACUAAAUUGCCCAAUCACCAUCUGUAACGAUCGCGCCGCCAUCUUGGAAAGAAGGUACAUUUUUUCUGUCUUUCGUCUAUAUCUCUGAAACCGAUUCUCACAGAGGAAAAAUAGUCCCCACACAUAAUAUAGCCUACUAAAUUCUCUCUAAAAAAGCUGAAUUAUAGUUUUGUCGUAUCUCAAACGCUCAAUGUGACGUUAAAUCUCUAUGCUGCCCAGACUGUCGUACACCGACCUUCUUUACGUGUCGUUGUGUCGGUUUAUCACCUGCAAAAAUUAUGAAAAUCAAAUUCUCUAUAAAAAAGCUAGAAUAUAGUUUUGUCGUAUCUUUAGUUGCAAUCCUAAGUUGAAUUGAAUGAAGUAAUAAUAAUGAAUCUCAGGAUCCUAUACGUUCCAAAUAUUAAUGAAGACUCGGUAAAGCCUCGUGCCAAUUACAUUCAAAAGAAUGGCCGCACUACCGAGUAUCUUUACUGCGAAAAGCUAGGAUAUACUCCAGGCACCUUAUUUCGUAGAACCACACCGAAAGCAAAAGAAGGGGGGUUAGGGCAUUAUGUGACAUGACCCCUAGCGGGUUAAGAGGUGUUCGAUGUCGGCUCGACGGACAGUACCCUGAGCAGUCCUUAAAAUUAGUUUGUGACGGAACGUUGCCGAGUCUCUUUCAUCGAAAUGGAUAGUGGCGAAAAAUGUUUUAUUUGAGAGGAGAGCAUUGAAAUAGGAAAAACAAGCGUUGUUGGACCAAAAGGACCGAUAACUUCAAAAAAUACAAGUGAUAAGAGAGGAGAUGGUAAAAGAAAAAAAUUGGAGGGGUUAUGUUCUAUAAUUGUACAUGAUUCGUGUAGAAAACAAUAUACUCGAGAACACAAUAUUAUUGCUUCGUUGAAAAGACAAGCAACUCAUCAUAACGAAGCUUUACCGACUUCGUCUAAAAAAUCAAAGUUGAAAUAAUCAUCAUCGAGCUUCGAAUUCAAAAAUGCGUGUUUGUACUGUGCAGAAGCGAUAGAUACGAAAUAUUAUGAAAGGGAGAAGAAAAAGCAAGUCGAUAAAAGUAGUAUAGUGCGCAACGUUCGGACUUUAGCCGUGAAAGGAAGUGUAAUUCAGGCAGCUAGAAAGAGGAACGACAAAUGGAGUUGGGAAGUAACGCGAUGGAUAGAAGCCGUUUCAGACUUGGUUGCUGCAGAAGCGAUAUACCAUGAUCUUGGCUUUCCGACUCCUUCAAGAGGCCAGCAACGGGAAAAAUGGAGGUAGUCCACCAGCUGACGAUGUAAAAAAUGCAAUGCAGUUCGUUUUCAAAUUCAUCGAGAACAGCGACGAAUGUUAGUUUUCAUUGCCGGAUUUGAUUAAAUUAAUCGAAGGCUAGGUCCCCUACGAGCGUACAAUUGAAAGAAAACUCGAAGAAACAUACGGAAAUGACAACAUUAUGAGAGAUAACCAGCAAAAAGGCCCCAUCGUUUGUUUCAGUAAUUACUGAAUACGAAGUCUUAUCGGAUCAUUGGUAUACGUUGCUAUUACAGUAGCCGCGGUAAUAAUCCGUAAAGAUAUUAGAACACAGCUUCAUGACACUUUAUCGUAUCCACCGACCGAUAAUUCUUUAGAAGUCGUCAAUAGUUGUAUUCCGGAAUCUCUUGAUCUUCUUCUGAACAACAUAAUCACCAAAGACAGAAGAUGCAACAUUGAAUCGCUUGAACGGAAAUGUCCCUCCGUAGCACAUGCCGUUAUAUCGGCGACCGGACCACCAUCCUUCUUGUCCCCGCUUCAAAUUAGCGUUGUUGUAUUCUUGUACCGAAAAUUUGAGUCAAGAAAUUUGUUGGAUCUGUUGUCGAAUUUGGG